GGCGCGGCCGCCCUGCCCAGCCCCGCCAAUGGCGGCGCCCAGCGCCCGGACCGACAGGCGCGGCGGCCAACGGGAAGCGGAGCGGGCGCGGGGCCGCGGAGCCGUCUCGGCGGGCCCGGGGGGCCAUGGCCGGGAGCAGGAGGAGCGUGUUCUUGGCGAAAUUACUGAAACGACUCUAUGGUGAAACUUCAUCAUCUUCUCUUGUUCAGACUUCAAGUAGAGAAGAGGAGGUGGUUCUUGAAAAUCUUGGCUCAAAAUCUAAAGAAAAGAAUUUGGAUAAUGUUCAGAUUUCAUCAGCAGAUGCUAGCACAUCAGCUAAUACACCCUGCAAAUCAUUUCAAGGAAAAUACAGAGAAUCUUUGGAAGGAAUAUGUAUCUCAUCUUCUGCCAAGAAGUGGCAUAAUGAUGAUACAGUUACGUCUCCAAGAAGAGUUUACACAGUGGAUCUUCCUCCAGAGGGUUAUGUUGCAGUUACGCCAGAUGCUCUUAGUAAUGCAGUUUCUGAAAACUCUGGCAGUAGUGCUGACUCAACAGAAGAGGAAUAUCAAGGGCAAACCAAGAGAAAGCGCAUUCGAAGGAAGAAACAAAAGAGCAGUUCACAAAUCUCUAGUAAUUUCCAUGGAGAACAAACAGAUUUGGGAAUGCAAGAGACUGUUGUUCAAGAUAAUUUACAGCUGCAGCAAACAGACGGUCCCAAAAUAAGCAAAAACAAAAAGAGGAAAAUGAAAAAGAAGCGACAGAAAGAAAAAAAGAGAGCAGCUGGCUUAGUAACAAAAACUACCAGUGUGGAUUUUACAUAUCAGCCUGACAAAAGCAACAAAGAAGAAGCAGCAGGCUUAAAAGACAUAGGUGAAAAGGCAGAUAGCAUUCUGGACUUCCUGCAGGCAACACAACAAAUUUAUUUUACUGACAAGAAGUCACAAUGCAGAGAUGCUGUAAAUUCAGCAACUGCCCAAGAGCUCUUACAAUGUCUUGAAUUUCGCACCAUCUCUUCCUCAGAUGUGACUCAUCUGCAUCGGCUGAAAUCCCUUGUAUUGCUACAGGAUAUUGAGAGAUUGAAGGAUGCUUUGAAACAAUUCCAAGAACAAUCUAUGAUGUCUCCUGAUCAUGCCAAGGUAGCCACAUCUCUGUUUCACUACUGGAUUACAGAUAUACUUCCUGUGAAGAACAGGAAAAGUAAAAAGCCUUACCCAUGAGUCCAUAUGCAGAGGAUUAAAAUUUAAUAUACAGACUCUUAACCAAUUAGCAAUUGCUCAGGAAGAGCAGUGUAAAUACACAUUCUACACUUUCAGGUAAACGAACAAAAACUCCAAAGGACAGUAAAGGUAAAUGAACAAAAACUCCAGAAGAGAAUGAAGGUAUAACUACAGUGUGACUUUUGUGAUGGGUUGGUCAAGAGUAUGGCCUGAGUCUUCAGCUGCAUUAAUAUGUACAUUUCCCUUUAGGGUAAGGGACUUGACUGGAAUGAUAAAGUCUCUAUCUGGUAUUUUGUUUAAGAAGUAUAACAUUAUUUUUUUUGUUUGUAAGUUUAUCAUUCAUUUCUGGAAGUUAUAUUUCUUGACUUUUUUGUAUAUCUGCUUGCCUGGAAAACAGAACUAUAUUUUUUUAUAUUUAAACCUAAGCAACGUUAUGUCUGAGGAGUGUAUUUUUGCUGAAUAAACUGCUACAUUGUGGACAUA